AUGGUGAGCGCCCAAGAGGAGGGGCGGCUCGGGGUCAGGGUGGGAGCCUCCAGUCAGGAAGGGUACUUGGGGGGCCCAGAAGCCCAAAGACCAGCUGGACUGUUUAUCUGUCCCCAGGCGGGCUCCCCGGACCAGGAGGGCUUCUUCAACCUGCUGAGCCACGUGCAGGGCGGCCGCAUGGAAGAGCAACGCUGCUCGCUGCAGGCAGGGCCGGACCAGGCCCCCGAGAGCCAGGGCGGCCCCGCGCCCGAGAUGGACAACCUGAUGGACGUGCUGACCAGCACCGAGGGCCGCCGCAUGGACGACCAGCGUGUGACAGUCAGCGCCCUACCGGGCUUCCAGCCCCUGGGGCCCAAGGACGGGACACAGAAACGAGCCGGGACUCUCAGCCCCCAACCCCUCCUCACCCCCCAGGAUCCGACUGCUCUGGGCUUCCGUCGGAACAGCAGCCCCCAGCCCCAGACACAAGCCCCCUGAGAGCCUGAGUCAUCCCGGGCCCACUCGGCCCCUGAAAGCGAAGAAUAAAACACUU